UUCCGGCGGGUGACGGUGCGGACGGGUCAGAAGCGUAGAGGCGGCGGCAAAAUGGCGGCGCCUGAGGAGCGGGAUCUAACCCAGGAGCAGACAGAGAAGCUGCUGCAGUUUCAGGAUCUGACUGGCAUAGAAUCUAUGGAUCAAUGUCGCCAUACCUUGGAACAGCAUAACUGGAACAUAGAGGCUGCUGUACAGGACAGAUUGAACGAGCAAGAGGGUGUACCGAGUGUUUUCAACCCACCACCAUCACGACCCUUGCAAGUUAAUACAGCUGACCACAGGAUCUACAGCUAUGUUGUCUCAAGACCACAACCAAGGGGGCUGCUUGGAUGGGGUUAUUACUUGAUAAUGCUUCCGUUCCGGUUUACCUAUUAUACAAUACUUGAUAUAUUUAGGUUUGCUCUUCGUUUUAUACGGCCUGACCCUCGCAGCCGGGUCACUGAUCCCGUUGGGGACAUUGUUUCAUUUAUGCACUCUUUUGAAGAGAAAUAUGGGAGGGCACACCCUGUCUUCUACCUGGGAACGUACAGCCAGGCACUUAAUGAUGCCAAACGGGAGCUUCGCUUUCUUUUGGUUUAUCUUCAUGGAGAUGAUCACCAGGACUCUGAUGAAUUCUGUCGCAACACACUCUGUGCACCUGAAGUUAUUUCACUAAUAAACACUAGGAUGCUCUUCUGGGCAUGCUCCACAAACAAACCUGAGGGAUACAGAGUCUCACAGGCUUUAAGAGAAAAUACCUAUCCAUUCCUGGCCAUGAUUAUGUUGAAGGAUCGGAGGAUGACUGUGGUAGGACGUCUAGAAGGCCUCAUUCAGCCUGAUGACCUCAUUAACCAGCUGACAUUUAUCAUGGACGCAAAUCAGACUUACCUGGUGUCCGAACGCCUAGAGAGGGAAGAACGAAACCAGACCCAGGUGCUGAGACAGCAACAGGAUGAGGCCUACUUGGCCUCUCUCAGAGCUGACCAGGAAAAAGAGAGAAAGAAGCGAGAGGAGCGAGAACGGAAGAGGCGGAAGGAGGAAGAGGUGCAACAGCAGAAGCUGGCGGAAGAGAGGCGGCGGCGGAAUUUACAAGAGGAGAAGGAAAGGAAGUUGGAGUGUCUGCCCCCGGAGCCUUCCCCUGAUGACCCUGAAAGUGUCAAAAUCAUUUUCAAAUUACCCAAUGAUUCUCGAGUAGAGAGACGAUUCCACUUUUCACAGUCUCUAACAGUAAUCCACGACUUCUUAUUCUCCUUGAAAGAAAGCCCUGAAAAGUUUCAGAUUGAAGCCAAUUUUCCCCGAAGGGUGCUGCCCUGCCUCCCUUCAGAGGAGUGGCCCAACCCCCCAACGCUGCAGGAGGCCGGACUCAGCCACACAGAAGUUCUCUUUGUUCAGGACCUAACAGACGAAUGACACUUUUUCUUCCUCUUCUCUCCCACCCCAAUCCCCAAAAGAAAUGGAAAAAAAAACACAAACAAAAAAAUAAGAGAGAUUGAUAUUAUUAUUAUUAUAAUACAAUAUUUUUUUUAAAGACUGCUGCGUCCUAAGGAAGGAUCAGAAACCAUGCUGCCUGCAAGAGUCACCACCUGUGUGCGCACACGAGGUUAGCAAUGAACGUUCCCGCUGGCAAGCCCACCCUUCCCUACUCCCUCUUGCACCAUACACCUUCCAAUGAAAGGAGACUCUUCACCUCCAACCCAGCCGUUGUCCCAACUGGGGAAGGGGACAUUCCCACUAGAUCUCAUGCAUUCUUGCUUUUAUGGAAAAUAAAAGUGAAAACCUUCAUCAAACAGCUACUGCAGCAUCUCCUGAGGACUCACUUCUCCCACCUCCAGAGAAGAGAGGAGAGAAGGCACAGAGCGGAGAGAUGUUCCUCAACUUCUACAGUUCAUGAAUAAUUUUAAUUUUUUUUCUGUUGCUUUGUAAUGACCAAAGGAAUGAGGCUGACAUAGAUGUAUUUGUUUUCCUUAACAUUAUUUGAUAAGGAGCCAGUUUUUAAACCCAUGAAUCCUUGCCCUGGGCUCCUUAGCCCACAAGAGUGUAAUAAAGGUGCCCUGGGCUGGUUUAUGCUUAUUUCUGCCAUUGUCCCUCUCACGUUCCCAGAGAGGUUAUUCUUUUUGGUCCAACUCUUGCUGUCCUUUCUUGCCACCUAUGCACCCCACUUGGGGCAAUGGGAGGAAGUCCAGGUUUGUACCCCUGCAAAGGUGGUGUAUGUACCAAUAGACCCGUAUAUAUGGUAUGAACUCCAUGUAGAUUUACCUAUACAUAAAACUGCAGCUUUUCCUUGGAAUCUGGAUCAGUGGUCAUUAUGGGGUCUGAACCAAAGGAUGGCAGUUCAUUCCUGUUCUGACAUGUGCAUGCUCUUCCUGCCCAGCCCUGAGCCUUCCUAAAUUGCCAAGCUUGGUGCCUUUCCAAAGGACUAACAGGGCCUGUGAUGCAACCAACAGAACCAUGUGAGAGGACCUUGCAUAUCUCUUUAGGAAUUGGCGGUAGUGGUGGUUUAAGGAUUGAAAGAACCAUAGGCUUGAAGGAAGCCAAGACAGAACUCAGCCUGUGUAAAUUUUUGGAAGGCACAGUUCAGUUUUUUAUGUAGCCGCCUGCUGUGGAGACAAGUUUUUAUCCUCUUUAUUGCUGUUGAAGUAGUAGGGGUUUUUAGCCUCUGGAUGUCUUGUCUGUGGUUGAGUUUAUGGUAAUGGGUACAUGGGUCAGGCCGUGUAUUAGCAUGAGCUGACAAGUAUUCCAGGGUGUUCUGUGGUAGACUGGUGUAGACCCAACACUGCAACCUACUGAAGUUACCACAGCUGCCUAGCAUUUGGUGAGGCCAGGGGCUCAUACCAAGGUCAAGCACAAGUUGCUGGAUUUGCAGUCUCCAGAGGCUUAUCUCCUGCUUAGCUAAACCUGAGGGCCAUCCUUUUAGGUUGCACUGACAUGGCUGCUAUUUUCUGCUGCCCUCAGUGGUUGGGGUAAACACCAAGGGCCGGUGGGGAGCCCCGUAGGUGUCACCUGAGGACCUUGAGAAUUUCGCAGUGGCCUUGGCACAAAUGUCGAGAGCACAAUCUCCAGGAAAAUGUAACCCCGCUCCUGCUUCUGUCAUCCUUCCACUUUGUUUCCUGCCAUCCCAUGACCAGAUGAGUGGGAGAUUGCUGGCUGUUGGCAUAAAAUGUUAUCUGAAGUGAAUUCCAGGAUAAACCAUGUUCUCCAGGCCACCUUAUGUGAGAAGUUUGCUUCUUGCUGACAAGCACGCAAAGAGGAAUUUUUUAGUUAACUCAGAACCAACCUGCCUGCCUAGAAUUUGCAUUUCCCUGGCAGGACCUUUGCCAGGCUGAAUGUACCAAGUCUGCUCAAUAAUUGGAUCUGCAUCUCAUUCUACAGUGUGCACCCUGUGCCUCUUGCCUUUUGCUAACCUGACCAGUGAAGGAGGUCCAGUGCCGGAGUAUUGAAGUCUGUUUGUGUCAGUACAACUCUCAGGAUGGCCUGUCAAUUUGUUUUGCUUUGUCCUUUUUUUUUUUUUUUUUUUUUAGCGCUGCUUUACUCAGAGCAGUUCCUGUCUUCUUGCUGAUCGAGACCUGCCACUCAUCCCACUCCUUUACUCCAUGAAAGGUGCACAUUUUGUCAAUGCUGGUACAAUCUAUAUGUUAUUCCCAAGGACCUCUGGGAACAUGAUGGGACCUUCAAGCAAGAAAACAGAGAAGCUGGUGAUCCACAAGCAUUUGCUCUUGUUUCCAAAUCGCCUGAUUAUUUCAGCUGUUUUCAAAUGCCAAGUCAUCAGCUAAACAAAAACACUUGUUUCCAGUUUUGUUCUGCAUUUCCAAGACUGAAGUAGUAGGUUCAACUGAAUUUCCGUAGGAAGUGACCAAGCAAAGAUAGCCAAUUGGAGUCAGUUGAAUUUCUGUAGCCUCAGUUUUUUCUUCAACACCUGCAGAAUUUCCUGCAGCAAAUACUUCUUUGUCCUUGCUUUCACUAUAACGUUUGGAUAAAAAAUGGCCAAUGGAGAAUACUUAUUUAAAAAAGAAAGACUAUAAACAAGCUAAAAAGAACCUAGAAUCUUCAACUGAACAGUCAUUAUGAACAUUGCAAAUGGUGCCAAGGCCAAGGAAAAAGUUACGGAAAAUGACUGUGGGAAGGAGUGAUAACCCCCAGAACGCAGUCAGGGGAGUAUUAAUCUGGUGCUUGAACAAGGAGCUCCACUUUAGAACUGGUCUUGUUUUUUUUUUUUUUUAAGGACUUGCGAGAGACGCAGCAACAAGAAAUCCAUCCCCCAAGGAUGCAGUGCCCAACUUGUACUGCACCUGAAUAAGUUACGUGACAAUUUACUGAGGAAAUCUAGUGUACUUUAAAUUUUUUUCAUAAAAGUUUACAUUGUAUUGUAGGUUAACAUUAAAUGUUUUAUAACAAAAUUUUCAUACCAAGUUGUGGGUCUUUCUGUCUGGGGGAGAUGUGGUUCUGUCUGAAGGCAAGGUUGGAAAACAUCAGGGAAGGGAAUAUUGCCAAGAAGUAAGAGAGGGUCAGAAAGAAGCAGGGAGUUAAAACAGACCUAUGAUGUGUUCCUGUGAAAAUGGCAGCUCAGGAGUGAAUAGAAAGCUGGCGGAUCUGUGUGCAGAUUGUGGUCUGUCACUUGUCAGUCUUGUGAGCCUCUGUCUCGGGUCCCAUGAGCUUUAGUUUCACCCAAAUGUAAAUGAAGUUAAUACCAUCUGCCUCAGGAUGGGCUUGCAGAUGAAAUCAAGUAAAUGGAGGGGGGAGGAAACUAUAUAUACAUAUAUAUAUAUAUAUGAAGCACCUGAUGCAGGUGUCGUUUGUUCCCCUUUCUCUGAGGAAGUGUAUUUUGAAGGUAUAUUUUCUGGCGUUAAUAACAGUCGGUUUAUUAAGGAAUGUCAUUUAUCCUGCCUGUACAGACUUAUGUUCUUGCAAAUGAGUGGCUAGAGAAGAGUCACUUUGGAUCUAACAGAUUCUUGACUUUUAGAACUACCCUCCUAGUCUAUUUUUGCUCUUAUUUUUAUUUCUGAGGAGAUUUAAGCCUCAGUUCUUUGCCUCUUUCCUACUAUCUGUCCUGGGCAAAAAACUCAUUUCUAUAAGUUUUUGUCACCUGCAGAGUCUGCCCUGUUGCUUACCCAAAGAAACAUAUAUGUAUUUUUUAACCCAUAUCUUAAAGUCCAAACUAGAACGUCUUCUCAGUCUAGUAAGUCUGCAAUAAUAGUUAAUUCACCUUAGGUCAGAAUCCCCUAAAAAUGAAAACUUUACAGUUGAUUGUUCACAAGAUUUGCUUGAUUGCUGACAUACAAAAUUUGUUUCAUCUAUUAAUAGUCAAGGAAGAUGCAGACUUUGAUGCCAGGUACAUCUGGUCACAAAUCCUGGCUGUGGCUGUGAUUUUGGCCAGCUAACCUCAACUCCCUAGGCUUCAGUGUCAUCUGUAAGAUAGGUCCAGAUGUAGCAUUUCCACGAAGAUUCAAUAAAUUGCUGCUGCAGAGUGCCUGGCACACAAGAAGUGUUGGGCGAAAGCUCCUGUUACUGUUUUCCAGUUUGUAGCUGGCCCACUGCUAGCAAUUCAUCCCCAUGCAGAUCAAGGAAGGAAAGAAACGGGAGUGGUUGAGAUUUUGCUUAUGGGCAGAUAGUGUCUGACACUUUUUCUUGAUGCACUUCCGUCACUGCUGCUGGGACUCUAUGUGUGCUUUCACCUUGAUAGAGCCACAAGCCCUGGGCCCCCCGAGUUCCUUCCUCGCCUCUUCUGCCACUUUGACGCGCUGUCCUCCAAGGCAAGCUCCCAGAGCACAUGCCAUGUACUUGGACUACUAUACCCUGUUGGUUGCUACUGGCCAUUCUCCAGAUGUUGUUGGCAACUGAUGCUUUUUCCACCAGCAACGUGCGUGACUCAACACCUACCUAUGUGGAUUCCCUAAAAUUCCAGCUCCCCUUGUGUGGAGCAUAGUACUCAACUUCUUUGGCAGUGUAGUAUUGCAGGAAGCCGCUUUGGAGUCAAAUCUGGAUUUGAAACUGCUUCCUGCUGGCAAGUUUCCUCAUACAUAAGCCUCACAGCAGGAUCCUUGCAAAGUCCAGGUGCCGUUUUGCGGUAUCUUAGUUCCCGAACCAUCCCAGCCCCUGGCAAUGAAAACGCCGAGUCCUAACCACUGUACUGGCAGUACGGUCCCUCCAGAUGCCAUUUAAAGGAACUGGUAUCUGUGAAGUGCUUGGACUGGGUACAUGGACACAAAGUUGAGUGGUCGCUUUUCCCCUUCUAUGCCAGCAGUCCUAGGCUUUGAGUAUGGCCUUCACUCAGAACUGCCUCACCCUCAGGACUUAAGAACUGACCCUCCUCACUAUGGCCGUUACCGUUCCAACUCCACUGUCCCUGCUCUGCCCUCAAAGCCUUUCUGUCCCCUUCUCGCUUCAGUGUCUCUAUGGAAUCGUGUUGGCUUCACAUCUCUCCACUACAAGCCAGUACUGACACAAUUCCCAAAGGAAACUCAACUGUUUGAUUUCCCUCUUGAUCCUUCAGCUGCAGAAUCCUAGCAUGUAUCACAGUGAGUUGAGGAGCCCUAGGGGUUGGUGCCCUCUCCUUUGAUCCAGCUCAGGGAAAUUCACGCAUUUGUACCCCCACUGGCACUCCAUCACUGUGUCCCCUUUCUCAGAUCCAAGCCCACGUGCAUCCUACUCACUCUUAACGCCUACUGCAACAGCCUACUUCCUGAGAAAACGAGGUCUUGCCCAGAACUUCCUCAUCUCCCUUGUUCACCUCAAAAUGGUUCUGUGUUUUGUCACCUGCUUCCUGUUUCUCUUCUGUCCUGUGGGUGUACUUUCUCUCAAAAGAGAUAUAAUUAACACAGUAAGAUGUCCAGCUCAUAAAUCCACAGCUUGAUACAGUUUUACCUAAGUGUACACCAAAACCAAGGUGCAGAAUACCUCGCCCCCAGAAAGUUCCCUUGUGUGUCUUCCCAGUCAGUGGGCUCUCAGAGGUAACUAUUCUGACUUUUUUCAUCAUAGUUUUGCCUGUUCUUAAACUCUGUAUAAAUGGAUUCACUUUUAUGUUUGUGUGUAUGGGCUUCCCAGGCGGUUCAGUGGCAAAGAACCCGCCUGACAAUACAGGAGAUGCAGGAGACGGGUUUGAUUCCCAGGUUGGGAAGAUCCCCUGGAAGAGUAAAUGGCAAUCCACUCCAGUAUUCCUUCUGGGAAAACCCCAUGGACAGAGGAGUCUGGCAAGCUAUAGUCCUUGGAGUUGCAAGAGUCGAACUCUACUGAGCAUGCAUGCAUGUAUGAUUGUAUAAUUUUAUAAGUUGUUUUCAUGAUGGGAAUUUAAGGAAGUUCAAAGCAAAAAAAAAAAAUAAUUACCACACUGUCCAGAGAUAUCCAUUGUUAAUAUUGUGAUGUGUAUCUUCCUAGACUUUGCAUAUAAAAGCAUUUUUAAUACAGAAAUGGGGUAAUAUUAUAAAUAUUGAGUUAUCUCUUAUUUCACACAUUCUUCUAUAUCUUUUUUAAUGGCUGUGCAGCAUUUCCCUGAAUAGAUGUACCACAUAUUGAUCAAAAGCCUCUUAUGACAUUUAGAUUGUUAAACUUUUUCUUUGCUUUUCUAGAUAAUAAAUUGAUGAACAUCCCUAUA